UAAACACACACACACACACUGCCUGCGUAAUCAACAAAAAGGUGCAAAGGAGCACCUAGCUUUUGUUAUUUGUGAUCGAAUGGGGAAGAAACUGGAUGCUUUGCUCGGGAGAAGCUUCAAAGCCACUAAAUUCAAAGGCACGGCGUCGCUCGCCGUCUCCCGCCUCGCCGUGCUCAAGAACCAGCGCCGCGCCCGCUGCUCUGUCGCCCGAUCCGAUGUCGUUCAGUUCCUCACCAACAACACCCACGACAGGGCUCUUCUCAGGGUGGAGCAAGUUAUAAAGGAGCAGAACAUGUUGGAUGUGUUUGUGGUGUUGGAAGGAUACUGCCAUCUGCUUGUGGAAAGAGUCAGCCUCUUCGAACACAACAAAUUUUGCCCAGAGGAGCUGCUCGAGGCGGUUUCGACGUUGAUCUUCGCUUCGACGAGAUGCGGAGAUUUUCCGGAGCUGCAGGAGCUUCGAGCGAUCUUCACUCUUCGAUUCGGGAGGGAAUUCGCAGCUCGCGCCGUUGAAUUGCGCAAUAAUUGCGGAGUCAAUCCCAAUGUUAUACAGAAGCUAUCGACGAGGAUGCCGAGCUUGGAGAACAAAAUGAAGGUGCUUAAGGAGAUCGCUUUGGAGAACAGCAUCGAGCUUCCUACAUCAGAAACUCCAGUGGAAACCAGUGUGAGUUCAUCUGAGGAGAAGGCAGAAGAUGAGAGGGAAAGUGGAAGCCUGAGGGGAAAGUACAAGGACGUGGCGGAUGCGGCGCAAGCGGCUUUUGAGUCGGCCGCUUACGCCGCCGCGGCCGCCAGAAUCGCGGUGGAACUGUCUCGAUCGGAGUCGGGGGAUCCGGCCACUCCCAAAGAGCAGAUUACUAGUAUGGAAUUGAAGUCCAAGACUAUGGUUAGGAGGUCAUUCUCUGGAUCGAGCUCGGAUUCAGAAGGGGGAGUGAUUGAGGGAAAUGCAGUGUUUGAUGAGAUGGAGAUGGCUUCGGAUGGAAAAGGUGAGAAUGGAUCAAGGAAUGAAGAAGGUGUAGAGCCUUUGGAUAUUAGUAGAAGGCCUAUCUCGGUUAGGACCACGUGGGCACGAGCACGAGCACGAUGACAUGGGUGUGGUUCGUGGAGUAAAAAUUCAUUAGUUCGGACAUAUUAUCACAAUGGUGUCUAAUUAGUUUUUGAAAUUAUGAUGGACAAUAGUUAUAUGUCUGAACCACUGAAUUUUUAUUCGGUAGUUCGUGUAUAUGUUUGGGUCAAAUUUUCGUGUCGUUUCCUUUUGCACCGUUUAAUUUUGUAAGUUGUAAUUUUUGUCUAAGUUUUAAUGCUUAUAUAAAAUUUGUUUUUGCUUGACAUGUAUAAAUGGUGGUAUUUUAGUUCUA